AUGAAAUCCGGGAAAAUAGUUGGAAAGAAAGAAUUCAACAAACGCUCUCCGCUCUUUAACGACGACAAGGCGUCUCCGCGUUACUUCCGCUCCACUAACAUAUGCCGUUGCCCCGGAUUUGACGUGGAGAUGUCGUGGUCCACCUACAAAAUCUUGAGCCCUAGUGGAUGUCGUCUGUCUGGCGUCGACUUAGCUAUCCUGCCACCUGCUUGUCUGCCUGGCUCAAAGACACAUUUCGUAGCCUCAUUCGUGCCCACAUUUCGACAAGUCGGAGCCGGAGUGGCACUUAAACAGGAAGAAAAAAUAGAUCCAAAAUCGGACAAGAUCAAGGAGACAGCACUGCGUACGGUAGUAUGCAGUAACACAGAUGGAGGGCUGCGAGUCGCACUGCUGCCGAUGUCACAGAUUUGGAAGCAACUCACCGCUAAGCGACGCGCCAGGCACACCGAGAAGAACGGGAGAAGGUUUCGAUUCUUAUUCGACGUCGAAUUUCACAUAAAGAAGCCAUCAGAAGGAAUCGAAGAAAGUGUGCGUGAGCAGAUGUCCGCGGACCAAGGAGGGUGA